AUGGAUGCUGGGAUGUCAGGUUGCAAAGUGGAUGGCGGUGGUGGCGGCGGCGGUGGUGUUGCUGUUCUGCGGAGGUCCCAGGCCAGGGAAGGGGUGGCCCAGCGAGAAGAAGAGCAAGAAGAAGAUGGAGAUGAAGAUCUCCGAGAUGGAGGAGUCCCUUUCUUUGUGAACCGUGGAGGGCUUCCCAUCAAUGAGGCCACCUGGGAAAGAAUGUGGAAACAUGUGGCCAAGAUCCAUCCUGAGGGAGAUUUAGUAGCUCUGAGGAUCCGGGGAGCCACUGAUCUACCCAAGAUCCCCAUACCAAGUGUGCCUACUCUACAGUCAACCACUCUCAUCCCUGAGCGCCUGGAAACUAUACAGCGCUAUAUCAGGGAACUUCAAUACAAUCACACUGGGACACAGUUCUUUGAAAUCAAGAAAAGCAGGCCUUUGACUGGGCUGAUGGAUCUGGCCAAAGAAAUGACAAAGGAAGCCCUGCCAAUCAAGUGUUUGGAAGCUGUGAUCCUAGGAAUUUACCUCACCAACAACAUGCCAACACUGGACCGCUUCCCCAUCAGUUUCAAAACUUACUUCUCAGGGAACUACUUCCACCAUAUUGUGCUGGGAGUGAACAUUGGGGGCCGCUAUGGGGCGCUUGGCAUAAGUCGACGUGAGGAUCUCAUGUACAAAGCUCCCACCUUCCGCACACUGAGCGAGCUUAUUUUUGACUAUGAAGAGGCAUAUCGGUGCUGUUGGCAUACCCUCAAAAAGGUGAAGCUUGGCCAGUGUGUGUCCCAUGAUCCACACAGUGUGGAGCAGAUUGAAUGGAAGCAUUCCGUCUUGGAUGUGGACAAGCUGAGCCGUGAGGACUUCCGCAAGGAGCUUGAGAGACAUUCCCGUGACAUGAGGCUAAAGAUCAGCAAAGCAACUGGGCCACCAUCACCCACCAAGGAUAGGAAAAAGGAUGUACCAUCCCCACAGCGUAACCAAUCCAGUCCACAUCGCCGCAAUAGCCGGACAGAAAGGCGACCAUCUGGAGACAAGAAACCUACAGAACCCAAAGCCAUGCCCGAUCUUAACGGUUACCAAAUCAGAGUAUAAAGAUCUUCUCAUUUGUGGACCAUUUGGUGGAGAGCAUUUGAACCAACACUACCUAUAAGAUGUGCAGUGUGGGAGGGAAUGCAGAGGGUACAAAGUGCAAAUUUUCCAAGGUAUUUAUUUACUUGGGGUGGCAUCCUGUGGAUUAGAGGAUAGCCAUUUCUUUGAAUUAUAUCAGGAACUAAAUACACUAACUAAACAAAAAAAAAUUAAAUAGAUCUUCCACCAGUUAUUCAUUGUUCUACUUAGUGGCAAGGGAAGAUACAUUUUGCAAAGUAAGAGUAAAAGCCCUUUCUGUGCUGUUUUUCAGCCCACACAGAAGUAGAAUGCUUUUGACUUAAAAAAGCCCCAUAGUAGGCUGUAUGUC